AUGGUUUUAUACAAAAGAAAAGCAAUUGUAUUGCCUGAUCCAAAACCUUUACCACAUGAUUUAAAUAUUCAAGUUUGGCAUAUCGAUGAAACUGGUGAAUGGUUUUUAUCAUAUGAAGAAUAUUUAGAGAGAUUAGAGUUUUACACUAGGCAUCACUUUACAUGUGAAAUUACUGGGACAUCAUGUUUAACGUUUUUUGAAGCUUUGGAUUCAGAGGAAACACAAUUUAAAUAUGUAGAAGAAAAAUUCCCAAUUAAAUUGAGAGAGCCAGUAGCAAGAUUCUUACAUUUUAAUUCCAUCAGAAGAUUGGAUAAUCUGGUGGAAAACGUUUAUACAAGAUUCAAAAACGAUUUUUUCCCUGGUGAAUAUGUUUAUUUGCGUAGAAACAGAGAUUUAACAAAUACCACAACAAAUCAAAAUACAGCUACAUCAUCCACAAACCAAUCUCAACAGUCAAGUCCGCAACCUUUUAAUGAUUAUAAUAACAAUUCAGCGGAUUCUCAUUACGAUUUUCAAUCUCAAUCUCAACAGUUAAAUAAUAAUAAUAAUAGUAACACAACGAGCAUACAAAAACCUUAUGUGGUGAAAGAAAAAGCAGAAUUCAAUGCCACAAUGGAUCCAAACACUAAUGAAGUCAUAAUGCCAGCCUAUUGUAAAUAUAUGUUAAUGGAAGAAUUGAAUAAUAGUAAAUCAGUCAUUGCCGAUCAGAAUCAAAUUUAUAGAGAUCGUUCUACUUUUACAAAACAUUUGAUAAAAUGCUUUUGUAAGAUUACUUUAUGUAGAGCUUCCACCAAAAUGGGUGCACCUUGGUGUGUUAAAGAAGAAUAUUUACCAAUCUAUGGUCUUACAAUGGAUUGGCCUUCCGAUAUGUUGAAAUAUAAAGAUGAUGAACCUGAAGUAGUUUCACAAAGAUCUUCCAAGAAAUCCAGAACUAAGCAUGAUACUCCUCCAAUAAACAAUAGUACGAAUAAUUCUACUUCAAAUAACACGAUCACAGAUGAUAUUGCACAUAUUAAUAGUAGUGGUGGUGUAACUCAUCAAUUCCGUGCCGAUGAUUUGGAAUUUAUUAAUGAAUCUGCUGAUCUAACAAAUAAACAUAAUAAUAAACGUCAAAGAGAUAUGAAUUAUAAUGAAAUAAAUACAUCUAAUAACUUAGAUCAAUCAAUUAAUUACCAACAAUCCAAAAAGAAAAGAGCUAAUGAUCAAACUAUCCAAGACUACCAACUACAGUUGCAGCAGCAACAACAACUACAGCAAUUACAACAACAACAGUUACAUCAACAACUACACCAACAACAGCACCAAUUACAUCUACAACAUCAGCAACAGCAGCAGCAGCAGCAGCAGCAGCAACAGCAACAACAACAACAGCAGCAACAACCACUACCUGAUGAAUUAUUACUCUUACAACAACAACAAAUGCUCCAGGCACAACAACAGGAAAAAUUGUCAGUUGCUCCUGAACCUUCAGUUGCAGUAAUUACAAGUAUUGUGGAUGAUUUAGCUCUCCCAUAUAAGGGCUCGCCUAGUGUUUUCCAAAAUUUAUAUCAUUAUAACUCAUUAUUAGAACGAAUCCAAGUUGAUGACAAGCCAUUCCAUUCAAUUGAAAAUAUGGAUAAAUUAUUACAAGUUUAUCAAUUUUUGAACACUUUUAACACUAAACUAUAUUUAUCCCAUUUUAGUUUAGAUCAAUUCAUUUCUUCAUUAAAAUGUACGGAUCCAUUUGAAUUGAAAGGUGAAGUUGUAUUUAUUGAAACCACAAAGAAUAUUGAAGAAUCAAAAAAUUCAAUUAAAAUAGCUGAUGAUAGUGAUAGUGAAGAUGAAGAUAAAGAAUCUGAAAAGAUGAAAGAAGAAGAAAAUGAUGACAAAUCAAAUAAUGAUUCAGAUUGGCAACGUAAUCCAGAGGUAAGACAACUGAUAAAAGGGAAAAAUACUGAGGAUAUUAGUUAUAGAAUAGAACUCGAUGAAGAAGCUACUGAUGAUAUUUUAGAUAACGUUAAUCAUAAUGGCUCUGCUUUAUUACUAGAAGCAUUUGCAGCUCUUUUACGUCUUUUCAUUGAUGAAAAUGGGAACUGGACUUGCUUAGUAGUUGAAGAAUGGUUAGAAGAACCUGAAAUUGAAAAGGAAGAAGAAGAAGAAGACAAAAGAGAUAUUAAAUAUGAAGUUAAAGAGGAAAAUGCUACUGAGGAUUCCACUACGAAUACAAAUAUAGAUGGAAAAUUAAAUGAUAUUAAACAAGAAAAGGAAGAUAUCACAACUAAGAAAGAGGAUGACAAUGAUACCACAGCUGAAGUAGCUUCAAAGGUAAAAGCGGAAGAAGUUGUUAAAAAGGAAUCCGAAUCUAAAGAAGAACAAGAACAAGAACAAGAAGAAAAGGAAGAGGAAGAGGAAGAGGAAGAGGAAGAGGCAGAAUCUGAAGAAGACGAAAUUGAUCCAAUUCUGGAAAAAUGUUUAAAUUAUCGUAAUGUAAAUUGGGCUGAACGAUUGACUAAAAGGCAAUUCAAUAAUGGCCAUUGGCUAUUAAUUCUAUUGGGUAUUUUUCAAGACAGUAUGUAUGUUCCAUCUUAUAAAGAUAUUGUUAUUAACUUCACUGAAAAAAUUGUUCCAAAGGAAAUUUCUGCAAGCCAAUUGCCAAAACAAAUGUGGAAAAAUUUUUGUAGAAAUUUAACGUUGUCUGAAAAAAUCGAUUCCAUAUGGAUUUUAGUAGAUUUAUUAUUAAAUUUUUCACCAGAUAUCAAGUAUGAAAUUGAAAAAUCAAUGGAUUUAUGCUCACAUAUUCGUAGUGAAAGAUUUAGAAUAUCAAAAGAAUUAAAAACUGAACAAUCUAAAAUUCACAAUAUACAAGCAAAUCUUUUACAGCUAGAAAGACAAGAACCACAGCCAUUAGAAACAAUUGAAGAGGAAAAGAAAAAUCAAGAAGAACAUGAGCAUGUCUAUGAAAAUUUGAAGAAUGAUAAAAUAUUAUUGGAUAAAAAACUAAUGGAGAAUGAUUUACAAAGAUUAAAACCUUUAGGUAUCGAUAGAUAUGGUAACAAAUAUUACUGGUUAGAGUUAUGUGGUAUAUCCAUUCAGGAGUUAUUAGAUGAAGAGCCACCAACUUAUCAUUCUGGUAGAAUAUGGAUUCAAGGACCUUCUGAAGAAGCAUCAAUGUUUUUCUUAGGAAUUGAGAGGGAACAGAUUAGAAAUUGGAAAGAACUAAUUAAAACUAAAGGGCCUGUAGAGGCUACUACCGAAGUAUUCCAUAUUAAACAAAAAGAUGAUGGAUCAUUCUGUUAUAUAGAACCUGAAAUCGAAACAGAAUUAGUUGAUUCAACAGGUGCUCCUAAUCAAUACAUUGAAUUGACUCCAAUUCAAAAGAAAAUUAUUGAUGAAAGUCCAAGAGGGUUAAUGCUAUCAGAAAGCCAAUGGCAUUGCAUUGAGAGCUAUGAAGAUGUUAAAGUCUUAUUAGAAUGGUUCGAUACUUGGGGACGUCGUGAGCAUGAUUUAAUCCGGCAAUUUGGUAAUAUUGAGCAUACGAUCGAAAAAUGUUAUAAUCAUAGAAAUAAAGUUUUAUCUUUAUUCGAAAAAAAUGACACUGAAAAGCUUUUAUAUGAAGAAUUAGCUGAAAAUGAAUUUACUGAUGCUGAACUGGAAGCUCUUACAGGCAAGAAGGUCCAAAACCAAACAACUGGGGCAGAAAAUGACAAAAAUGAAGAUAAAAUGGACAAAUCCUCAACUGUGGAACCGGAAGAAGAAGAAAGUGAUAAUUAUGAGGAAGAAUUAGAACGGAUUGCGGAAGAAAUAAUGAAAUUGGACGAUUCUUCUAAAACUAGAAAAGUUAUCAGUAAAAUAAAAGAAUUAGAAGAACGUAGAGAUGAAAUCUUAGAAACUAUGGAAAAACGUGAAAAUUCUCAAAGGCCUGGAGCUAGGGUUCAAGCUCGUGCAGAAAAGAAACGAUUAAAAUUAAUUUGUGAGAAUAAGAAGAAAAGACAAGCUGAAAUAUUAACUGAUCUGCUGAACUUCCGCCAUUACAGUAUGAUGGAAGAUGCUAUUGGCUGGAAAAAUAAAACCGCCAAGACCGUAUGGGGUACUUCAUUACGUAAGAAUGCUACUGGUAACCAAAAGGUAGUUAUUGAUAAAUCAGUAGAAGAUAAACUAAAACAGAUUCUCGAUCAAACUUCAAAAGUUACUGUAAUUGCUGCGUCUACAAAUUGA